AUGGAUUUCCUGAGCAAAUACGAUGCUUCGAUUGAGUGCCGUAAAAGAAAAGUGAUUUUUCAGCCCGAAGCAGAACCGACAUUUGAGUUUAUGGGAGAACCAAGGAAGGAGACUAAGGAAUUCUUGUCAGCCUUAAAAGCGCAAAAGAUGUUAGACCGCGGAUGCACUGGAUUUCUAGCACAUGUAGUCGAUACCAGUCAAGCAGAGGACCAAAAGCGGGAAGAUAUCAGAGUUGUAUGCAACUACCCAGAGGUAUUCCUCGAGGAACUACUAGGGUUAGCCCCCGAUAGAGAAGUUGAAUUUGAGAUUGAAUUGAUUCCUAGUACUAAACCGUUCUCUAAAGCAUCUUACCGUAUGGCGUUAGCUGAAUUGAAGGAACUUCAGGAACAACUACGGGAGUUGCUCAACAAGGAACUUAUACGCCCUAGUAACUCUCCAUGGGGAGCUUCGAUACUUUUGGAUGGUUUAUACUUGAGGUGA